UGCUAGCGAGUCACGGGUUGUAAAGUGUACACGCGAGGGAUUGUUGUUUGUCCACGGCGCGAAUGGGUGGGUACUCGACAGAAAAGUUUUUUUGGUUUUCUCGAACGCCAUUUGAAUGCGUGACGUUUUCCCUCCUUUCUCUCGCUUGUAGCUGAGUGGGGCGAUCCACGCUAUCCACAUGAGGUGGAAGACAAUGCAGAAUUUAAAGUACCAGAAAGGGGACAUGGUGAUGGGUCGCUGGCCAGGUAGCAACCUUUACUAUGAAGUCAAGGUGCUGGGCUUCAACACCAAAAGUCAGCUCUUCACGGUUAUCUACAAGGAUGGAACUGAGCUGGAACUCAGGGAGCAGGACAUCAGGAGUUCUUUUGGCUUCCAGUCCGGUUCCCGCUCUCGUUCCCGUUCCCGUUCACCAGGCCGCCGUCGCAGCCGCUCCCGGUCCCCAGCAAGAACCCCACGGCGCUCAUCCUCACGUGCUGCAGCGGCCAUCGCUGCUGCAGCAAUAACAGAGAGUGCACACUCAUCACGCAAAGAAACGAAGCUUAAGGACAUGGUUGAAGUCAGACUCCUUCCUCUGGCUGCUGAGAACAAUAGCAACAAUAAGCAUGACAAUAACACGGCUACGAGACAAAAUGAGAAGUCCGAGACAAACCUGGAGGCUGAGGAUGAGUCUGAGCUGAACCAGAGCCGAUACAAUUUGCGCCGCAGGAAGGAUGAGGUCAAACUUCAACAGCGGGUGAAGAAGGACACCAACGUGGGAAGACCACCUAUUGCAAAUGUGUAUAGCCCACUGGACUUUGGUGGCAAGAUAGGAGCAUACUUCUGGCUGCUUUUUCUGCCAUCCUGGGUUCUAUUUGUGGUUCUCCAAGUUAAUUUAAAGGACCCCAGCUUGGUCAACUUCCCUCCUCCUGUACCCCCUCUUGAAACUUUCUGGGAUGCACAGGCUCUGGGUUUUGUUGUCCUUUGGAUCUUAUUCCAGGCCAUCCUCUACAUCCUGCCUGUGGGAAAACUGAGCGAGGGCAUACCACUGAGGUCUGGAGAGAGGCUAAAGUACAGAACUAAUGGUUUCUUUGCCAUUGUAAUGAGUGCGGCAGUGGUUGCAGUAGCAGUCCACCUGGGAGUUGACCUCACCUACAUCCACAGCCACUUCUUGCAACUUUCUGUGGCGACCUUCAUCAUCUCUGUCCUGCUCAGUGUCUACCUGUAUGUCAGGUCUCUCGAUGCCGCCCCAGACCAACUGGCACUUGGAGGAAGCUCUGGCAAUGUGAUUUAUGACUUCUUCAAGGGACAUGAGCUCAAUCCUCGCAUCAAAGAUUUUGAUUUGAAAUUCUUCUUUGAGAUGCGUCCAGGUUUGAUUGGCUGGUGCUUGAUCAACUUUGCACUCGCACUGGCAGAGAUGAAGCAGCAGGGUCUGACCACUCCAUCUUAUGCCAUGAUCCUAGUCAACGUGUUCCAACUCCUCUAUGUGGUUGACGGCCUCUGGAAUGAGGAGGCCAUCCUGACCACCAUGGAUCUAAUGCACGAUGGCUUUGGUUUUAUGCUGGCUUUUGGAGAUCUGGUAUGGGUCCCUUUUACCUAUACUCUACAGGCGUAUUAUCUGGUUAGCCACCCAAAUACACUGAGCCUUCCAGCUGUUGCAGCCAUCAUCUUGCUGAAAUUGUUUGGCUUCUACAUCUUCAGGAAAUCCAACUCUGAAAAGAAUACCUUCAGGAGAAGCCCAGCAGACCCCAAAUUGUCACACAUGAAGACCAUCCCCACAGCAACAGGAAAGAGUCUUCUGGUGUCUGGUUGGUGGGGGGUCGUCCGCCACCCCAACUAUCUGGGUGACCUCCUCAUGGCUCUGGCCUGGUCGCUACCCUGUGGCUUCAGUCAUCUCCUGCCAUGGUAUUACAUGAUCUACUUUAUCAUCUUGCUCGUGCACCGGGACUCUCGUGACAUGAGCGAGUGCAGGAGGAAGUACGGCUCGGCAUGGGACGAAUACUGCCGAACAGUACGCUACCGGAUCAUCCCGUAUGUCUACUGAGGAGAUGCUGGACUCUUGUGAACUAAGGCCCGCUUUAACGCCUCGUUCUCGCUAAGCUCGCACAUACUCAUCGUUUUGAAUGAUUUGCUUUGGCAUUUUAAAACCAAGAAGAAUUGGAAUGCUUUGAUCGUGGACCAUUGGAGCUGCAACACAUUUCAAGUUUGACGUAAAAACCAGGAAGGACUUCUGUUGGCGUAGUGAACUUUUGCCUUCAUAAAUCAAUAGAAUGAGAGAAGAAUUUUAGAAUUUGACUCAAAGUAACACCUUGUAUAUACACAUUUGUUUUUACAUUUCUGGUAAAACAAAACCGAUUUUGUUGUUUUUCCUGCUCCAAUUGAUAUUUGAACAUUAUUUUUGGCUUGUAUAAAGCAGUCCUUCCUAAUGUAAUCAUACUACUAGUGUGUUUUGUGAAGGAACUAAGCUGUACAGCAAUGGCAGCUUUCUCAGGAUGUUUUUUUUUCCAUAAAUGUACAUGGUUUUGACUUCUCGUAGGGUUUUUUUAAACAGAUAUGUAGUUUUUGACUUGAGUUGUUUUACUUUCUCAAUGUUUUGGUGUUUGAUUUGUUUUAAAACCUCUAAGUCACUUGCAGUCCUAUGGCUGUGCCCACUCUGGUCCAGUUUGUAGCAGAAUACCAUCUAUUUUAGGGGUCUCCAAAGUCUAGACCAGGGAUCAAUCUCAACCAGCAGCUAGUUUUUUGUUUUCAUUGUAAAAUUUGAAUUAAUUUAUUUACAUCAAGUAAUUCAAUAUAACAUUAAUAAAAAAUAAAACUAUAUGUACAUAUAUGACUAGGGAUGUACUGGUAUUUUUGGGACUGGUUCCUAAUUGGGUUGGUACAGGAAGACUGUUAAGAUUCUGGACAAAUGAUAUAGCUAUCUGUAUUUUUUUUAUCCAACUGACCGUCAACAUUUUUAUGACAGGUUUGCAGCUGGUACACACAAUAAAGACGGGUAGAUGAUAAUAAUAAUAAUUGCAAUAAUCACAAAUUACCACCACUAAGUUUGUAGCACAACAAUAUUUCCUCAAAAGUCACACGCUUUGCUUGUAUCCUUUUUGCGAUUUGAAUGGUUUGUACAGCCGAAAACAACGCACACAUAGCAUUUUUCUUCCAGAAAGGCUAAAUGGCGCCUCAUACCCAGUCCGAACAGACACUGGUUUGACCACCACGCAUAUUUAAUGAGCCGGACGUGACAUGUAAAUCCAAGCAAUAAGAGUUUGAAGUGCGUUACUCACGACUGCUGUUACCACGUUUCAUCAACUGUCCUCUUAGCGAUCUAGUAUUCCACGCACCAAUAAUAAUCCACUCAAAAAAGAGGACAUUUAAGUUAUUUUUAUAUAGUAGAAUGGUACAUACUGACAACACUCCAAUACGCCCGUGUGCAACAUAGACAGAAAUGAUUCCUGUUACAAAAGCACACUCACCUAACAUGUUAAUUGAUUUAUAUGACCCAUCGAUUUCCAGUUGAGUGUCAUUGCAAUAGAAGAAACAGUCUCCACAAGACGAUGACAUAACCCACAGUGAGGAGUUUGGACACCCCUGAAUAAAUGAUAAUGCCUCUUUUCUGUUACAUUAUUUAGUUUAGGGGCAUUCAUGACAUUUAUUUUAGCUUUUGUAAUCUUACAGUUGCUGCAACCUUUUUAAGCUUUAAUGCCAUGUCAAUAAUGACACAUUUAUACUGUGACAGCAUGCAGAUUGUUUAUUUGCAAUAGCAUCGUCAGUAUUCGCAAGUUAAGUGUAGGAACACGAAGGACAUUUUCUAUAAGACAUGUAAAUAGUUUAGCUUUUUUCAGGAACAGGAUAUUCUAGUGGUUGUAAUGAUUCCUUUGAGAUAUUUAAUAUUUUUUAAGUUAAUUUGAACCAUUGUAGUUUUAUUACAGCUACUGUAUACAGCUCAAUCUGCCAUAUUUCUGCUCUGUAUUGAAACAAAUUGUACAUUAUUCUUGAUAAACAAAGCAAUAAAACAUUCCACCAAAACAAUUGUGUUUAAAGAA